AUUGUCCCAGCCCCCAUGUCACCUGGUGACAAGCUGGACCCGCUUCCUGACAGCUUCAUUCUGCAACCGCCAGUCUUCCAGCCGGUGAUUCCUUAUGUCACAACAAUUUUUGGAGGUCUGCACACAGGCAAGAUGGUCAUGCUCCAGGGGGUAGUCCCUCAAGAUGCGCGCAGGUUCCAGGUGGACUUUCAGUGUGGCUGCAGCCUUCAGCCCCUGCCAGAUAUCGCUCUCCAUUUCAACCCUCGCUUUCAUACCAUGAAGCCCCAUGUCAUCUGCAACAGCCUGCGAGGUGGGCGCUGGCAAGCGGAGGCCCGGUGGCCUGGCCUGGCCCUACAGAGAGAGGCCAGCUUCCUCAUCCUCUUUCUCUUUGGGAAUGAGGCGGUGAAGGUGAGUGUGAAUGGACAACACUUCCUUCAUUACACUUACCGGCUCCCAUUGUCCCGGGUGGACACCCUGGGUAUAUCUGGUGACAUCUUGGUGAACGCUGUUGGAUUCCUGAACAUCAAUCCAUUUAUGGAGGGCAGCAAAGAAUAUCCAGUUGGAUACCCGUUCCUGCUGAAAAGUCCCAGACUGGAGGUCCCGUGCUCGCGUGUUCUCCCUCGGGGUCUCUGGCCCGGGCAGGUCAUCAUAGUGCGGGGACUGGUGUUGCAAGAGGCAAAGGAUUUCACGUUGAGUCUGCGGGACCAGUCGGCUCGCCUUCCUGUGACGCUCCGGGCUUCCUUCGCAGACCGGACCCUGGCCUGGGUCUCUCCUUGGGGACAGAAGAAGCCCAUCUCGGCCCCUUUCCUCUUUUACCCUCAGCGAUUCUUCGAGGUGCUGCUCCUGUGCCACAAGGAAGGGCUGAAGCUGGCGCUCAAUGGGCAGGGAGUAGGGGCCACCAGCCUGGGCCCGCAGACCCUGGAGCAGCUGCGGGAGCUUCGGAUCAGUGGUGGUAUCCAGCUCUACUGCGUCCACCCCUGAAGGGGGCUCCAGGAGACCCCUGGCCAGAGAAAAGAAGGGCGUACGUAUUCCAGGGCCCUGGAAUAUGGCCCUACUCUCGAUUCUUCACUGGCCUGCCUGCCUUUCCCCAUAUCAGGACUGAUUCCCUUCUGGUGUUCCAGGUCUGGGGCUGCAGGGCCUUCAGGCUCCAUAGCAGAGAGAAAGCAUAAUAGUGGGAAGUUCCUGCGGAAGUCUCUACCUCCUCCACCCCGAGCCUAGAAUUGCGCCUCCUCUUCCUUCAGAGCCUAGACAGAGGCGCAGAGAAACCGUUUUUGUAGCCUAACGAAGCUAUCUGGAAAGACCUUAAAGAAUUUGGAAGUUUGUUUGAUUCUCAUCGAGCAGCCCUUGGGGUGCGGAUCGUUAAGGUUAGUGGGUCUCCUCUUCUCCCACAGACAGCAAGGGCUUUUCUAAUCACCAUCCCAGCACUGUGAGGACAUCGUUGUUGUCUGCAUGGCUGACGUUUGGAUGCAGCACCCUAUCUCGGUCUCAGCCACUGAAAAUCUGGAUGGAGAAUGUAGACAAGGGCAACUGGAUGGCAUAAGUCCCCAGCAUGGCAUUGGCAUAUGUUGUGCACACUUACUCCUGUCUGAAAAGGAAACGGGAAUGUUUUUCACCGGAUGGUCAGAGUUCUGUUUAGUAUGAAAGAAAGGGGUCCUGGGUUUGCAUGAAUCACUACAGACUCUGUGACGAGGAGAUGCUGUUUCCGCCCUCAUUUUAUGAAAGAGAAAAGGGUCUGUCAUUUGCCAAGAUCACACAGGCAGUAAGGGGUGGUGCUGGGAUUUGAUCCCAGGGAUUCUGCCUGAGCAGUGACUCUUUACGGAUAGAAUCUAGUCCAUCCAUCCAUACAUACUCUAACUCACACAUGAAGAUUGGCACAGGAGUUAGGAGGCAUAAAAGAAACUUGAAAAUUUAGAAGAUGAGCAAGACAGGAGAACUAUCACCAAAUCAAGCAUAAAAGUCAAAUAAGAAUAAAGCCAAAUAU